GUAGAGAUAAAUAUUUAAACUUAUAUGCAAUGUAAUGAUUUGUGUAAUCUGUUGAGUAUACGCUGUUACGUCAAGAAAUCAAUAGAAACAGCAAGAGUUGUUGGGUUGGUGCAGUGGUUAGGACACACAAAUAGACUGACACACGCCCCCCAUCGAUAUUUGAACAACUGCAAACCUAUGAAUAAACGAGAACAUUUGCAAAUAGGAGAAGAAAUUGUGAUGCCCUGAUGGAUAAAGGUGCAGUUUCCAUUCUAUGACUGGAGGUGUCAGCUGGUGUCCAAAGACAGUGAGCGUUGACUGACUAACCCCUCUCUGCAGAGACACUGGAUGCUGCUGCUCAUCAUCUCGUGCGUUUUCAAACAAGUUUUACCCAGGGUUAUUCUUUCGUUUUUACUUGUCUUUAUUCAUUCAUACAACAGUGUGUACUUUGAAAAUUGUGUAUAAGUAGGCUAGCAAAUGUGAGGCGGUGCUAAAGGUGGGACCUGCACUGCGAGACUUAGUUAUUAGUUAUUAGUUAUUAGCUGCUUUGUUUGUCUGCCUGAGGUAGAUAGGUAGAAACAACAUUUCUUUCGCAAUUUUCACCAUGGAUAUCUCUGAAGACUCUGAAAACGCAUCUCUGCUUUUCUUUAACUCCUCGGAACAUACACAAGUGACUAUGGGAGUCCAGUAUGGAAAUGCCAUAUUUCCCAGUAUUUAUGGAACCAUAUGUAUUUUGGGCAUCACUGGAAAUUCUAUUGUAAUCUACACCAUCUUUAAAAAGACCAAAUGCCAGGCUAAACAAACGGUACCAGACAUUUUCAUAUUCAAUCUCUCUAUUGUGGAUUUGCUUUUCCUCCUCGGCAUGCCCUUUCUCAUCCAUCAGCUCCUGGGCAACGGAUCUUGGUGUUUUGGAGCCACCAUGUGCAAAGUCAUCUCUGCUUUAGAUUCUAACAGCCAGACAGUGAGCACCUACAUCCUUACAGUUAUGACCUUGGACCGUUACGUGGCUACCGUCCACCCAUUCCGCUUUAACCAUGUCCGGACGACCUGUGUCGCCAGCACUGUGGUGGGGAUGGUGUGGGCGCUCUCUCUCAUCUCCAUCACCCCUGUCUUAAUGUACACUGGCUUGAUGCCUCUCCACAGUGGCCAAGUGGGAUGUGCUCUCCUGCUACCGAAUCCAUCCAUCAGUAUCUGCUGGUUCACCAUCUAUCAGUUUGUGCUGGCGUUUGCCCUUCCGUUAAUGAUUAUCUGUGUGGUGUUCUUUAAAAUCUUAAAGCAUAUGUCUACCACAGUGGCACCUCUUCCCCCGAGGAACCAACAAGUGCGCACCAAAAGUGUGACUCGGAUGGCUGUGGCCAUCUGUUUGGCAUUUUUCAUCUGUUGGGCUCCGUACUACAUCCUUCAACUUGUCCAUCUGGGAAUACAGAAACCCAGUGCCUCAUUUUAUUAUGUCUAUCAUUUUGCCAUUAGCAUGGGCUACGCUAAUAGCUGCAUUAACCCUUUUCUCUAUAUUAUUUUGAGUAAGACCUUUAAGCGGCAGUUUAUAGUCGCUAUCCAGCCUGCCCACAACCACUUUCGGGUCAACCCGAGCACCACAGAGGCCACUGUGUCCCUCCGUCUUGCUGCAGACUGCCAAAGACAUAUUCCUGCUGACACUUCAGAGUAAUUACAGAUGAUUAAUGUCUUGAGUGUGAGGAUUUAAUUGUUUUCUUGGUCCAGAUGGAACAUACUUU